AUGAAAGCAUGCAAUAAUAGGAGUAUAAUCAAGCCAUUGCGCAUGCAUUCAAAUAAGAAAACACUUAUAUUUAUAUUUCUACUAACAACACACAAACUAUUAUGCGAGCUAUAUUUAGAUCCACUGGAAUGCAUAAAGAACUUCUCUAUUCUAGAAAAUGAAGAGGGCAUUCUGAAAAUAAAUCCUGGGGGCCACUAA